AUGCUGGCUGCGGCGGCGGCGGUGGCGCUGCUGGCCUCCCCUCAGCCGGCCGCGGCCGACCUGGUACAGACUGUGCCCGCCUCCCAGGUCACCACGCUGGCCAAGCCCCUGCCAAAGCAGGCGGUUGACAAGGGCACCGUCUGGGUCGGCUUCAUCGGCGGCGCGGUGACCGUGUUUGGGCUGACCGUGCUGUCUGAGGGCAAUGAGAAGUGGUUUCCGGCUAUCUACCGCGCCAACAAGGCCAUCAGCAUGAGCCGCAAGCGCGCAGAGGCGAGUGGCGGCGAUUUUGCUGAGCGGGCACGCGCUGCUGGAGGCCAGCGGGGCUUGGGAGGGCGCUUGGCGGGUGGAUGA